AUGACAACUCCAGAUGCCCUUCGAGAUGCGGAAUACAUCGCUGACGUGUCCGGCUUACCAUAUGGAGGCGUCGCGGGUCUCGCUGGAUCCCAGUAUAACUCCCCUAGUGGUCAGGAUGAGCGCAUAAAAAAGGUGCAAUCGACUGCGAAGAUCGCUUUUAUCGAUCGGUUACUCCGCGAUCUAGACAUCCUGGUAUACUGCGAGCUUUCCGCUUUGUAUUAUAUGGAUUGUUCGAUCAUACUCUUCGCAGUCCGUGCCAUUGUCCAGUUGAUAUUCUUUACACCUAAAGCACCUCCAUUUGAUCCGACACGGAAUCAACCAUUCAUCGGAGCAAUAUUCGCUAGUAACCUUUUUUGUAUGAUAUUUCACCAUUUUUUCACUCAUCCAGAGGUCGACGAAGCAACGCGGGGCUACCUUCAUGGGGGCUUGUUCAUCGACUUUAUUGGGCAGAAGGCCCCUGUCUCGGUAUUUCGGUUAUUAUCACUCGAUCUUCUCGUCUUGACGCUUGAUUUUAUAAUGCUGGGCCUUAUAAUCGAACGUGUCAAGACAGCUGGUGUGACCGCCGCCCCAUCUACGGUUACAAAUACACUAGAAACAAAUACACAGCAAGACCAUGAUUCUGAAGAGAGGGGUGUGUUACGAGAUAGUCCGCAAUCAAAUUCAACAGGAUCUGCAAAUGACGUUAUCGAGCUUGAUGAAUUUGGCUCGCGCGAUAGUCAAGCAUAUGCAUCAGCCAGCACAGAUGAUCAGCUAGAACGGACGGGCCUCCUGGCAGACCCCUCAGAAGAUGGACAUGCACGUACAAAGGACAGCCAUGUAUUGGAUAAUUUUGCGUCUGGCGAGGCGGUGAUCAUGGAUGUUGGCUUGAUUGACGUCAUUAAGGAUCAAUGGGGGUAUAGCCACGCCAAUGCGCUGAGGCGAACAUCUCCGAGUUAUGUACCUUCAGAUGAAACGGCAACUUUCCUUCGACAGCGAUUCGGACUUCAGGUCGGCACUGAUGGGCGUGUUGUAAGGAUACAGUCAUGA